AUGAGCAAUGUCGAAAUGCACGAGAGGGGAGGGAUAGUGCGAACAGGCAGGAGAGAAGAGGAGGAGAGAGAGAAGGAGAGAGAGAAGGAGAGAGAGAAGGAGAGAGAGAAGGAGAGAGAUGAUGAAGAGGAGAAGGGGGAUCGCAGAUGCAAUCAUGAGGUGAAGGUCUCUGACCAGGAGGCGGAAUCAACGGCGCAGGAAGAACGACGGCAACGCAAGGCCGGAUUUGCCUGCAGUGGUCCUUACGAACCAUGGAGACAGAAGGGAGGAUGGAGCUUGAAGUACGAGCACGAGCAAGCAAGGAUGAGCGAGGGAGACUAUGUGAGGCUGAGGAAAGAGCUUGCUGGUGAGCAGGGUAGUCGUAAGAGCAUGUACGGGGAGGACUCGGACUUCGAGGCGAGGAAGGCGCGAGCGGAGCUUCUCUUCCUCAGGGAAGACUAUGCUGCUUGUGCCUUCGAGUGGAUGGACAUGCUGAGAAGCUUCACGAUCAGCCGCAAGGGCACAGGAGGGCUGCGACUUGAGGCUCUCGAUUCCAUCAUGCGCUGCCUGGUGGCCAUGGAGCCGCUGCUUGAGGAGGAUGCUGAUGCUGUGCUGGAAGACAUGAAGGCGCAGGUGGGUGAACACCACGAGCAUGUCCUCAGCGAGGUCACGGUGCGUCUUCUCGCGAGGAAGCGACAGCAGGAGGGUUCGUCCUCCCGCUUGCCGCUGCUCAAGAGCCUCGCGGAACACAAUCCCUCGGACCCGAAGCUGUGGGUCGAUCUAGCAGAGGCCUACUGGGAGAGGAGGGAGGAGGAGGAGGCGAGGAGGAGAGAGGCCUCUGCCGUCUUGGCUCGACGUUGCGUCAGGUUUGCCGGCAGAAUGAUCCUGCAUGCGGCCAACGCGAGGCAGUGCCGCGUGACCAUGCAGCACCAUGAGCGAGAGACUGAGAGGAUGCGAACCCUGCUGCUUCGACAUGCCGAAGCCUCAGGCAGCCACGACCGGGAGGAGGAGGGUGAGAGGCUUGUAGCUGAGGUGGUUGAAGGAAGCUUGAGUGAGAAGGAGGAGGAGGUUGUGAAGCAGCAGGCGGACGAGUUCGAGGUCAAGUGGCUGCUGGGACGGCAGGGGGAAGAAAGAAUCGCCUCCUCCUUCAAGGAAGCCUCGCCCAGCAUACGCGACAUGUCAGGGUAG